AUGAAGAUCUCGCUUAGUCCUAUAAUUGACGAAUUGCUAAAGGUUGGACUUCCAGGAAAGUUUGAAGAGGAUGAAGAUUGGACCACGGUUCCUUUUGACGAAGCAAGGAAUAUUUUACGCAAAUGGCGUGAAGAGCACGUUCGUCGAUCCGAAGAAACGGUAGAAAUAUGGGAAUUUGUAUUGAGUCGCCAUCCUCGCGAUUUGGGUGAUGAACUAUGGCUGGUUUACGAGCAGGUAAUAACUCGGAUCAAUUAUAUUUGA